AUGAACCCUAGCUUGAUAUCAAAGGCCGCCGGUCCCGCGCGAGUCCUGGCGCAAAAUGCUCCCAAGAUUCAAUGUUUAAGCAAAGGUGCCCAGCUUCAUACUGCGGCGUGGCAUGUCGGUUCUCGAGAUCGACCGUCUCUUAGGAAGGGUACUCAAUCUCCCUCUGCGAAGCGGUCGUUCCAUGCUACAAAUGCCGUUCAGUCAAAGGACCCUUACGGAGCUCUUGGUGUUAGCAAGACCGCAAGCGCUGGCGAGAUUAAGAAGGCAUACUACGGCCUAGCGAAAAAGUACCAUCCCGAUACGAAUAAGGAUCCUCAAGCCAAGGACAAGUUCGCCGAUAUCCAGUCCGCCUACGAGAUUCUUUCCGACCCCAAGAAGCGCGAGCAGUUUGACCAAUUCGGCGCCGCUGGCUUCGACCCCAGCGGAGGAGGUGCCCCCGGAGGUGGUGGUGGUUUCGGCGGAGGACAUCCAUUCUCUGGCUUCGGUGGAUUUGGUGGACAAGGAGGCUUCGGAGGCUUCGGUGGUCAGGGUGGAUUCGGAGCCGGAGUCAACUUCGAGGAUAUCUUUUCAGCAUUCACCGGACAGCAAGGUUUCGGCCGCCGAGGACGACAGCAGGCUUAUCAGCAGGAGAUCCUGGUCGGCGACAACAUUGAAGUCCAAGCUACGAUCAGCUUUAUGGAAGCGGCUAAGGGAACGAGCAAGACGAUUUCAAUCACACCCCUCAGCACUUGCGGCACAUGCAAGGGUAACGGCUUGAAGACUGGCACAUCGAGGAGUGCAUGUAGCGCUUGUGAUGGAUCUGGUACCCGGGUACACUUUAUGCAGGGAGGUUUUCAAAUGGCGUCGACCUGCGGAACUUGCGACGGUACUGGUACGGUUAUCCCCAAGGGCUCCGAGUGUAAGCCUUGUUCAGGAAACGGUGUUGUGAGGGAGAGGAAGACGAUCACAGUGGAUAUCCCUGCUGGUAUCGAGGACGGCAUGCGACUCCGAGUUGACGGCGCUGGUGACGCAGCUGCCACUGGUCGGGCCGCUGAGCCCAACGCUCGUAGCCAGAACGGAGACCUAUACGUCUUUGUGCGUGUCGCCAAGGACCCCAAGUUCCGACGAGACGGUUCCAACAUCCUAUACACAGCCAAUAUUCCUCUCACAACCGCUUUGUUGGGUGGUCAUGCAGAGAUUCCAACUCUGGAUGGAACAGUUAACGUUAAGGUUGCUACUGGCACCAACACUGGUGAUAAGAUCACCCUACCUGGUAUGGGUAUGAAGCGCCUCGGUUCCCGACGUGGCGGCAAUGGCGACCUCAGGGUCGAGUACCGGGUUUCAAUGCCCAAAUACUUGAGUGCCAACCAGCGAACUAUUGUCGAGGUGCUUGCCGACGAGAUGGGCGAUAAGACAGCUAAGCGAGUGAUGGGCGUUGGUUCUUCAAGGGACCCAAACGACCCUGAAUCGCAUAAAGAUGAGGGCUUCCUCAAGUCACUCUGGCAUACCCUGACCAACAACCCCGCUCACCAAAAGAUGAACGAGGAUGGAAGCCAGAACGACGGCUCAAAGAAGCCUGACGACAACGAUAAGAGAUAA